GACCAUCGAGCAGCAGGUACAUGCAAAUCGCAAACGCUCAUCGCUAUAUGAGAAAAAAAGCAACAGCAGAGGUGUUUGGAUUGGAAUUGCGUUUUUGUGUAAAAUUGCGUUUAGCAAUUAAUUGUUGCUAUAAUAAGCUAAUGGCGAACAACAUGGAGUCACGUGUCGUGGACCUGGACUUGGCCUGUCUGAUCUGUCUGAACGAGGAGCCCGGCCACAGCUCCAUUUACAGCCAUGACUUGGAGCCUCCGCACACCCUGAUUGCGGACAAGAUCCGGUGUUGCACCACCCUGCAACUGGAGAGUUUACAAAUACAGCGAUGGCCGGACAAAAUCUGUGAGCAGUGCCACAGUGAACUGGGCGUCGCCUAUCGCUUCUAUGAGAAGUGCGUGCUGAUCGAGAAGCUAUUCCUGACUGCGACAAGCAGCGCGCUUCUCGUCGACGUCGACGAAUUGGCCAAGAACCAGCAGCUAAAACUGGAUUUGGAACAGCACCACGUCAAGCUGCCAUCCAGCUUGAAAAUCAAACGCAUCGAAGUGGAUGCAGACAUUCCUCUCGCAAGUCGAACGGUGGUGGGUUCAGUGUCAGCAGCGUCCAGGGCAAGUACUGCACCAACCACAGUGUCUGGGUCAACAUUGACCACAGCAGCGACAGGUGCAGGUGGAGCUGCAGCGGCCACAACAGCUGCUGCAAAUCAUCCUGUCACUAAGAUUGAGUACUUUGAGGAAGACGAGGACGAGGACACAGACUCACUCGGCCUGAUGCCGGAUGCCUCCGAUUCACUGGUCAUGUCGCUGGACACCCUCAUAGAGACGGUGCCCAUCAAGGAACAGCCAGCAGAGGAAAUGUCGUCUGAUGAGGAAGACAAGACGAUGGUAAUCCCCCAACCCUGGGACGAGGACCCCCCGACCCCAGAGCAUGCCUAUGAGAUCGAAACGCCACUAACUAAGGAGAGUGAGGGGGAGCCACAGGAGGAGUUGCCACCACCGCCUCCGCCACCACCGAUGCGGACGGCGAAUGCACGCGCCCUUAACACGAUCCAACGAUGCAAUAUAAGCAAACGCACUUACAAACGCGUCACACCCAUCUUUAAGAGGGAGAUCGACGACGACGGCUACGUGCUUUUCGAUAGCCAACAGAUAGCCAUUCCGGAGACGCGUCGUCACGCAGAGCGUGCGCGCAAGAUCUGCCAUGUGUGCGGGAACACCUACAAGUAUCAGCAUGCCCUCAAUGCGCACAUGCGUCGCCAUAACAACGAGCGUCCCUAUCCGUGCGAGGUCUGCCAGAAGGCUUUCAUAUCGAACGUGGAGCUGCGCCGACAUAUGCGUGUCCAUACCGGGCAAAAGCCCUAUGGAUGUCACUACUGUGACCGCCGAUUCUCCGACUUUGGCAGCAGCAAAAAACACGAGCGUAUCCACACAGGCGAGCGUCCGUAUGUGUGCGAGGUGUGCCACAAGGGCUUCGCCUACGCCCACGUGCUGUCCGUGCACCGGCGCACCCACACCGGCAAGAAGCAGUUCCAGUGCACGCAGUGCGACAAGGGAUUCACCAAGAAGAGCUACCUGGCCGCCCACAUGGAUCAGCACAACGGCGUCACUGCGGCCGCCACAGCGGUCAAGCGGCCCGCGGCCACACGCAAGGUGCAAAAGAGGCAUGCCGUCCCGGAGACAUUGUCCAUCGGCCAUUUGAUGCUUGGGGAGCCGGCUCCCAAGGUGCUGGAGGAAUGCAUUGUCACCCAUGAUUUCAUGUUUAACGAGGAGGACGAGUGCGACGCCGACGAUCACGAUCUGGAGCCGGCGGAGGAAGAGGACCUGGAGCUGGACGAUCCAGAUCAAGACCCAGAGCACGAUGACUUCGACGAUGUCUAUCACCAGGGUGUGCGCUCCGUCCCCUACGCGCUUGUCGGGAAUCUGCUGGACUCUGAGGAGUUCGCUGACGAUUCCAAAUAUCUUAUUGACUAGUAUUAGUAUACGGCCUCGGCCCCGCCCCGCCCACUCUCGCCCACCCUGCUACCACCCGCACAUGCACCCGCACCCUAGUCGUUUUGUGGUAGAGAAUGCGAAUGAGAUGGAGAUUGCGCUAGCAGCUGUAUAAACACACACUUUUAUGGCUAAAGCGAAGCAAAAAGAGAAGCUGGCCCUGAAUGUGUGCUACAAGAAGAAUAACAUGUGCCGUGCCACGGCAUCCAAUUCGGUGGCCGCGUCAGCAUCAGCAUCGCAGAAGAACAACUGUGCAAAUCCACAAGAGUUCCGUUGGACAUGUGUGUUGGACACAGACAGUAAUCUCUAUCUAUUGUAGCUUUAUUACAUUCUCACAUUCACAUUUAACAUUCAGCGUAGAUUUGCUAUAACUAUAAGAGAAGAACCUGAACGGGUGCAGGGGCAGGGGCCAGGGGUCUCCGUGCCGGAGAAGGGUUAAUUGUUCUAAAAAUAUUAUAGUUGCUGUUGUGCUCAUCGUAGCCGCUAUCCACUGUACCGCUAUACCACUGUACCGCUGUACCGCGCUGAGAUGGCACAAAACUGAAGUUUUUGGCCACGUUCUUGAACCGGUUUGACUGUGUGUUUCUGCGGCUGCGGCUACGGCAGCGCCUCUGAUGUGUGGCCUGUGGCGGGGUCAACGCCACAAAUUAUGGAACGAUACAUUAAGUUAUUUGUUAGGCUAAUGCAAAAUCUAACUUCUCUUCGCCCUAGACAUUGAAAAUGUUCGUAAAAAAAUAUAUAUAUGUAUAUGUAUGUAUGUAAAAACGAGUGUUGGUUGCUUGCGGGGAGGAGGGGAAAUUCUGGGGGUCGGUCGGGUUACAGAUGGAACAAUAAAACUUGAACAUCGGUGUGGCGUAUGUGUGGGGGAUCUGGGCUA